CGUCGUUUCGGAUUCAAGUUUGCUCCUGUGCUCCUACAGCAUUUACCGUGCCAGUCGUAUCCUGACGGGUUUCUUCUGCCACCGACAAGUUAAAAAAAAUCUCGCUACUAAAAAGAAUGGCCGGAAAGUACCGUAUUGUGAUGGUUCGCCACGGUGAAUCGGAGUGGAACCAGAAGAAUCUAUUCUGCGGCUGGUUCGAUGCGAACCUAAGCGACAAGGGCAAGGAGGAAGCAUUGGCCGCCGGCAAGGCAGUAAAGGAGGCCGGUUUGAAGUUCGACAUCGCACACACGUCGCUGCUAACCCGUGCCCAGGUUACGCUCGAUUCGAUCCUGAAGGAAUCGGGCCAAACGGCCAUUCCAAUCCAGAAGACCUGGCGCCUAAACGAGCGCCACUACGGUGGGUUGACCGGAUUGAACAAGUCCGAAACGGCGGCCAAGUACGGUGAGGAACAGGUGCUGAUCUGGCGUCGUAGUUUCGAUGUACCGCCGCCAAACAUGGAACCGGACCAUGCCUACUACAAUGCGAUCGUUAAGGACGACCGGUACAAGGAUGACCCGAAGCCGAACGAAUUCCCGAUGGCCGAAUCGCUCAAGUUGACCAUCGCACGUACGCUGCCGUACUGGAACGACAUAAUCAUUCCGCAGCUGAAGGAGGGCAAGAACAUUAUUAUCGCGGCACAUGGCAACAGCCUGCGCGGUAUUGUUAAGCAUCUGGACCAGAUGACGGACGAGGCUAUCAUGGGCCUGAACCUUCCCACCGGUAUUCCGUUCGUGUACGAGCUGGACGAAAAUCUGAAACCGGUCGUAUCGAUGAAGUUCCUGGGCGAUGAGGAGACGGUACGCAAAGCGAUCGAAUCCGUCGCCAACCAGGGCAAGGCAAAGUAAAACAAUAGCGCGGAUCCUGCUUUCGAAUAUUCUCUUUAUGUUUAUUUCCGUUAUUUUUGUGAUGCGUCCCAUCGUUAAAGUCGUGUUGUUGAGGGUAUAGCAGUCAGUCAGUCUGCCAAGUCAGUCAAGUAAUAAUUUAUUUAUAGCGUAGUCGUGCACCACUCUAGUAGACGUGCAUCUACGAUGUGUUCGAUAACCGUAUCACGCCAGACCAGAUUCCACGAAUCGUAAUCUUAAAUAAUGUAUUGUUGAGCAUAAACCACGGAAUAAAACUUCGUUUGUUGACUGUCUGUAAA